AUGAAGUUUUCGUUGCUGUUUCUAUUCUUUAUUUUGAACACCGUUCUGGCCCAGCAGGCUCCCAAGGUGACCCACAAGGUCUACUUCGACAUCACCGAGGGCGAAGGAGACGAUGCCAAGCCGCUGGGAAGAAUUGUGUUUGGACUGUUUGGUGACGUUGUUCCAAAGACUGUCGAGAACUUUUACCAAUUAAGCGUUUCUGACGAUCCUAAAUUCGGCUACAAAGGUUCCAAAUUCCACAGAGUCAUUAAGGAUUUCAUGAUCCAAGGCGGAGAUUUCACAAGAGGAGAUGGAACUGGUGGCAAAUCUAUUUACGGUGCCAAGUUUGAGGACGAGAACUUCCAGCUCAAACACGAAGGCCCAGGUUACCUGUCGAUGGCCAAUGCCGGUAGAAACACCAACGGAUCUCAGUUCUUCAUCACCACCGUCAAAACUCCAUGGCUUGACGGAAAACACGUGGUCUUCGGCAAAGUCCUGGAAGGAAUGGACGUUGUCAGACUGAUCGAGUCUUCCAAAACCGGAUACCAGAACCGCCCUUCCAAGCCAAUUGUGAUUGCUGAUGCAGGAGAAGUUAAAAUCGUCAAGGACGAGUUGUAA